AUCUUAUCGCAUUUAGACAUGAAAGUGAAGCAAGGCUGCGACGCGGGUGUCCUGUGUACGACUGAAGAAGAUUUGCUCAAAAACACAGAAAUAACGCCGGAUGAUGUACUCGGGCUGCAGAAGAUCACAAACAAUUACCUCUGCGGUCCAGAGCAGAACAUACACAAGAUUGACUUCACCAGGUUCAAAAUCCGAGACAUGGAGACUGGCACAGUUCUUUUUGAGAUCACCAAACCCCCUACAACAGAGAGUGGGGAGGAUAGAACCGACUUUGACCAGAACGGCGGGCGCUUUGUGCGUUACCAGUUCACCCCCGCCUUCCUCCGACUACGCCAGGUUGGCGCCACGGUGGAAUUCACUGUAGGCGAUGUUCCAAUCAACAACUUCCGAAUGAUUGAGCGGCACUAUUUCCGUGGCCAGCUGCUGAAGAGUUUUGACUUUGAGUUUGGCUUCUGCAUCCCAAGCAGUAAGAAUACCUGUGAACACAUAUAUGAGUUCCCACCUCUCUCUGAAGACAUAAUGCGUGAAAUGAUCCUUCACCCAUAUGAGACACAAUCCGACAGCUUUUACUUUGUGGACAACAAGCUAGUAAUGCACAAUAAGGCAGAUUAUUCCUACAACGGUGGACCGUAGAAAGUCUUUUUCAGCAUUUGCAGAAAUCUGCAUACAGUUGCAGUGGACUGGCAUAGGAACAUCUACUGAAAGUGGCAUCUAAUAUUGUACGUGAUGGUGCAUUGGUUAAAAAAAAUCUCAGGAUUUGUAUGUGUGCAUAUUUGCGCGCGUGUGUGAGAGAGAAUAUUACUCUCAGAAUGGGCCUGUACUACUUUUUUUUUCUCCUUAGAAUCAUUUAAAGUGUGUGAUAAUUGUGUUUUUCUUUGAGUACAUGAGUGUGCCUGCAUGCUCUGAUUUUAAUGUAUUUUUCAAAGCCCAAAGCUAAAUAAUUUUAAACAACUCUGCUUGAUUUGUGACUAAAUGUUCAUACAGAGACAUCACUCAAGGCUUCUAAUACAUAAAAAGAGGCUCAUGUAGAGUGAGGUGCAGUGUGUCUGAACCUUUAAAGGAAGGAAUAUUGUCAGGAGCUGUGCAAGAAACUGUAUAUUUUGUCCUGACAUUGCACCCACUUCCUUUUAGAUUCUCUGAAAGGCCCUGAUUUUCCUUUACUUUUCUCACUUUCAUUUUUGAAUACUUAUAAUUUGGUCAAUAACUAUGUAAAUCUGUGUUAUUUAUAUUAACAUGCUCUUAUUUAUAUUGAUAUACAUUGUCAAACAUAUUUUUAAUAGAAUCUUUUGUCAAAAAUAGUGAUAGAUAUCCAUUAUGUGUAAUUGUUUCAUGCAAUUGAACAAAAAAGAGAAAAAUAAAAAUUCCAAAGUGCUUGAAAUGA